GUAAUACAUCAAUUAAACUCUGGCAGGAAAUUGUAGUUUAUUUUGAGUUUUUGUGAAAUAUUAAAGGAUUUUCCGGGAAUGUCGUUCAGGAGGAAGCCAGGAGCACCUAAACAUUUAACUGUCAUCACACUCCCAUCGGGAAAACACACAGGAAUACUAAAAGAUUUCCUCGUUGAGAUUGAAAAUGAGGAUUCAGUAAAGAAUCUCCAGGAAAAUGGUUGUUUUGGCACAAGGAUCUCAAGGAGGAAAGCUGAGGACUCGUGUGAGAAGGAGAUCUUACUGAUUUCAAAGGAGGAAGCCUUCUUUAUGCAAUUUUGCUUAAAAUGUCUCACAAUUUCCAACAAAGAUGGGAAGAUUUUUUCCACAGAAGACAUCUUCGAUGUCUUCCGGAAGCAAAAGAGGAAUUUCAUUUCGACUUUUAUUGCCUACUGCUACCUCAAGAGCAAAGGAUGGAUCAUAAAGUCUGGAUUAAAGUUUGCCGGAGAUUUCUUACUCUAUAAGGAAGGUCCCCAGGCCUACCAUUCGAGCUACGUAGUCACUGUUCAGGACGACAAUCCCGAGAAUACAGAUCAAACCCCAUUCACCGGAAGGGAUUUGCAGGGAUUCCACAGAGUUGCAGAAGCAAGUGGAAAAGAUGUUCUAAUCCUCACAGUAAGAUACCCAAAAGGAUUCAAUAGUCAGGAAUUUAAAUUCCAGGACAAUGCAUUCAGGGAUUUUUCAGUAACAGAAUCCAAGCCAAUGAGAUUUACAUUCAAUCCCAAUGUGAUUUAAUUUUCUAAUAUACAUGCUCUUCCCUGA